AUGGCUUCGUUGAAGAAUGUUUUGAUUAUCGGCGCUAGUGGAGCCCUUGGUAUUCCAACUUUGGAAGAGUUUUUGAACCCUCAGUACAGAGUGAGCGUUCUAAGCCGCAGGGAAUCAACUGCAACAUUCCCCGAUGGCGUGAAGGUCUUCAAGGCAGAUUACAAUGAUCCAGACGCUAUCAAGGCUGCCAUGGAAGGUCAGGACGUGGUAAUCAGCAUAGUCGGCGGCCACGCGGCAGAGGAUCAACGACUCCUCAUAGAUGCUGCUCUGGCGUCCGGCGUUAAGAGGUUUUUCCCCAGCGAGUACGGUCCAUAUACCAGAGAUCCGAAAAUGGCUAAAAUCAAUCCUUACACCAACCCAUAUAAAUCAGCUAUUGUCGACUAUCUCCAAUCAAAGGAGACUGAGAUGUCCUGGACGUCUCUAGUCACUGGAGGGUUUUUUGAUUGGGCCAUGGACAACGGGUUUUUCGGUUUCGACUUCGGCACCAAAACUGCAGGAUUAAUCGAUGACGGAAUUACCACUUUUUGCUUCUACUACUUUAGCAACAAUUGCCAGCUAUCAGAGCGUCGGUUGAACAUGCAGAUGAGACGAAAAAUCAAUACGUCUUCUGUGGUGAAGCAAAGUGCUGAACAUAUUCCGGUCAUUCCAUUUCGGGAUUAUCCCCACAGGCGAUAUGUCGGUCACGUGAUGGUGAGGCUGCGCACUUCGCCUCGAAGGCAUCACGACAUCUUCAUAGCGUCUUUCCAUCACACGCAGCGCGAUAUUCUUAACGAGAUUGAGAAACUUGACGACCAGAAAUGGGCCAUUCAGCACCUUUCAUCCGACAAUGUUAUUGCAAAUGGAGAGAAGAGAGUCAAAGAAGGGGAUUUUGCUGGGAUUAUGGAUUUAACCAGAGGCGCUGCGAUGGGUAAGCCAGGCCUAGUCGAUCUAAGAUCCCACGGUCUUUGGAAUGAAAAAUUGGGGCUACCAAAGGAACACAUGGCAGAUGUCCUUACGAGGUACAUUUAG